AUGCCAGAGACCGAGUCAGCCCUCCACGGGGCUUUGAUGGUGAUUCGUUCAAUGGGACAACCAACAGCAGUUCAACCCCUAGCAAAGACGGAUACCAGUCCUAAAAACAAGGCAGCUCGCAUGGAAGAGUGGUCUCAGCUGCCCCUUCGAGAAUGGCCUGAUCUGGAACGUUGGCUAACAGUCAUGUCGGACCGGUUUACCAUUGAGCAGCCAAGCGACAUGGUUUCAGAGACGUUGAGACGUGGCUACACGAUUCCUAUGACUCCUACUCAUGAGAAACCGCAGAGCUUGGGAGAUCAACCUCAUUCCAGACUAGUCUCAUAUGCAUGGCAAUCCAGGGACAACAGAGUCAGUUUAGGGAGUGCAUACGACGCUCAUCAGUCUCACUCGGGAGUGAUGGCUUCGCCGGUUUAUUUUAGACACCAGGUCGCGGUGGAACCCGAACCCGUGCCGUCUCCUCGUAGUUCUCGAGACGGAAUAAUUAGAGUCGAGGAUGCCGUCGGUGUUUCGGAUGCACAAGCUGGGGUGAAGAUGGGGCGGUCGAGUAAAGCUGAGGAACUGUCGCACAAUAACCCGAGCCUUUACUUUUAA